AUGGAUGUUAGUGCCAGAAGCAUUUGUGCUUUAAAUGGCUCCAUGUUCUUCUUCCUUUUCAACUUCUUAUUCAGCUUCCUUCCUUCACAUUAUCAUUCUGCUCAACUUGAUGAGAUAACUCCUUCGCAACCGUUAGCGCAGGGACAAACUCUAGUUUCCCCUGGCCACAUUUUUGAGUUAGGCUUCUUCAGUCCUAAUAACUCUGCUAACAAGUAUGUGGGGAUAUGGCACAAGGAUAUAUCUCCGCGUAAAGUUGUAUGGGUGGCCAACAGAGAACAGCCUCUUGCAGUUGCAGACACCUCGGUGAGUUUGACAGUUAGUAGCAAUGGGAAUCUGAAGCUUGUAGAUGGGAAACACAAGUCUAUAUGGUCUACCAAUAUCACUUCUUUGUUGUCAUCAUCGAAUACUAGUUCAGUUGCUGCAGUUCUUAAGGACAAUGGAAACUUUGUUGUCAAUUAUCAUCUGGAAGCCGAGUUAUGGCAGAGCUUUGAUCAUCCUUGUGACACUAUCCUACCAAACAUGGUGUUUCGUUACGGUAAGUCUGGGAAGGGGAACUUCUUGAGUUCUUGGAAAGCAGAUAAUGAUCCAUCACCAGGGAAGUUCUUGCUUGGAUUGGCACCACAGACGCCGUCACAAGUGUUCAUUUGGAUCAAUAAUGGAUCAAAUGAUUCACAUUCAAUUCCCUACUGGAGAAGUGGUCCAUGGGAUAAGUCCAGUUUCAUCGGUGUACCAGAAAUGGAUCACCGAUAUAUAAAUGGAUAUAGUGUAGUUGAUAACUUAAAGCAGGGCACACAGGAUUUCUCUUUUAGUUUAUAUGACAAACCUGUGGCAUACAUAGACAUCUCUCCAGAAGGAAUAGUGAGGAUUACAUUUUCGAAGAAUGAUGGGAAGUGGUAUGUUAGUUGGCAGACACCAAAGAAUCAAUGUGACAUUUAUGGAGCUUGUGGACCUUUUGGGGUUUGCAAAGCUUCUACAUCUCCAAUCUGUAAGUGUUUGAAAGGGUUUGUACCAAAGUCAAGUGCUGAAUGGAGCAAAGGAAAUUGGACAGGAGGGUGUGUGAGGCAGACCAAAUUGUUUUGUGAGAGGCAAACAAAUAAGUCAGUCUCAUCAAGAGGAAAACAAGUUGAUGAUGAUGGCUUCUGGAAGAUGGUGAAGUUGAAAAUACCAGAUUCUCAUGAGUUCAUUACUGCAUUCAAUUCCCAACAAUCCUCAAACGAUUGCAAACUGAGGUGCCUAAAUAAUUGUUCCUGCGCUGCUUAUGCAUUUGUUAAUAAUAUAGGGUGUCUGGUGUGGUCCAAAGAUCUCAUUGAUAUACAGAAGUUUUCGGCAUCUGUUGGAGUCGAACUUUAUAUUCGCCUAGCACACUCCGAAAUAGGUGAAGGAAAGCCAAUAAAGUUAAUUGCCAGCAUUACAGCUAUUGGUUUAGUGAGUAUCUUGGCAGCUGCAGUAUUCGGUUUUCACAGGAGGCGAUCUAACCAGAAGAGACAGAUCAAACUAAAAACACGGAACUUUGAAUCGACUGGUAUGAUCAAGAGUUCAAGAGAUGGUCUCCGAGAAUAUAUAGGAAAGCAUGAUGAGCUAAAGAUAUAUGAUUUUGAUAGCAUACUAAUUGCCACAAACAAUUUCAGUCUCGCAAACAAACUGGGGCAAGGAGGUUUUGGCCCAGUUUAUAAGGGGAUGCUACCAGAAGGGAAGGAAAUAGCUGUGAAGAGACUAUCUAGUAGCUCAGGACAAGGUGUUGAAGAGUUCAAGAAUGAGAUGCUUUUGAUCUCCAAUCUUCAACACAAAAAUCUUGUUAGGAUCUUGGAUACGAGAAAGAGAGCUGUGCUUGAUUGGGCGACACGCUUUAAUAUUAUUCAGGGUGUUGCUAGAGGGCUUCUUUAUCUCCAUCAUGAUUCCUAUGUGAAGGUAAUACAUAGGGACCUGAAAGUCAGCAACAUCCUUUUGGAUGACAAAAUGAAUCCCAAAAUUUCUGAUUUUGGAUUGGCACGCAUAAUCGAAGGAACACAAAAUCUAGAAAACACUCAAAGAGUUGUUGGAACACGGGGAUAUAUGUCUCCGGAGUAUGCCAUGGGAGGAAUGUUUUCUGAAAAAUCGGAUGUCUAUAGCUUUGGGGUUCUGAUCUUGGAGAUUAUUAGCAGCAAGAAGAAUACCAGCUUCUCUAUAUAUGACCAACAACUAGGCUUUCUAGCUUAUGCAUGGAACUUGUGGAAUGAAGACAGGGCCUUGGAGUUGGUGGAUGAAAUAAUGAGGGAUUCAUAUUCCUCAUCGGAAGUAUUGAAAUGUGUGCAUAUCGGACUUCUAUGUGUACAAGACAAUGCUGUGGAUAGGCCAACAAUGGCGGAUAUAGCUUUGAUGUUAAGUAGCGAGAAGAACGGUCCACAACCUAAGCUGCCUUUAUUCACUAUCCAAAACUCAGCUUAUCAUCCUCAACAGCACUCUGAAAAUACCAAAUCCUCCAAAAAUGAAGACUUCGGGAGUAAACAUGAGAUUCUAAUUGCGGAAGACGGGAAGCCGUCAAUGGCGGCUUGUUGGGUCUCCGACACGCGUCAUAUAUUCCCUGAAAGCAUCCAGCUUCCCUUGACUUCUUUCAGGCACACUAUUGGAGAUGCCAAUGGGAUGCAACUAGGUACCGCUACUUUGUUUUUCUUAUUCAUCUUCGGUUUGCUUCCAUCACAGUAUGAUGCUGAAGUAUAUAACAUAACUCCUUCACACCCAUUAGCAGAGGGACAAACUCUAGUCUCUCCUGGCCUAAUAUUCGAAUUGGGCUUCUUCAGUCCAAAUAGUUCUGCUAAUAAGUAUGUGGGGUUGUGGCACAAAAGUAUAUUUCCUCGUAAAUAUGUAUGGGUGGCUAACAGAGAUAAUCCUCUUGCAGCUACAGACACCUCGGCUACUUUGAGAAUUGGAAGCAGUGGGAAUCUGGAGCUCGUAAAUGGCAAACAGAUUUCUGUCUGGUCGGCUAAUAUAUCUAAUUGUUCAUCUGCAUUUCUCUUAGAUAAUGGAAAGUUUGUUGUCAAAGAUGUUAUGGGAGCUGAUUUGUGGGAGACUUUUGAUAAUCCUAGUGACUCACUUCUGCCAAGCAUGUUGAUGGGAUAUGAUAGUGGUUCUGGAAAACGGAAUUCCUUGACAUCUUGGAAAAGUGAAAAUGAUCCAUCACCGGGGAUAUUCUUAGCUGGACUGUCAACAGAGUUACCAGCACAAGUGUUCAUUUGGAUUAAUGGAUCUACUCCCCACUGGAGAAGUGGGCCAUGGGAUAAAUCAAAGUUUAUUGGUAUAUCUUCAUCAAAUACUAAGUAUCUAAAUCCAUUCAAUCUUGCUGAUAAUGUGUCACAGGGAAAAAGGUAUUUGUCUUUCAGUUUUGACAAAAUUCCUGGUGACAAAGUUCUUGGAUAUAUCGACUUAUCUUCAGAAGGUAUACUGAGGUGGUUGUUUUCAGUAAGUGGGAAGAACUGGUAUCUUCAGUUUAAGUCACUCACGAACCCAUGUGACAAUUAUGGCGCAUGUGGACCUUUUGGUGUUUGCAAAGCCUCUGGAUCUCCAAUCUGCAAGUGUUUGAAAGGGUUUAUACCCAGGUCAAAUGAGGAAUGGAGCAAAAGAAACUGGACCGGAGGUUGUGUGAGACGAACAGCGUUGUCUUGUGAGACUAACGCAAAUUUGUCAGUCUCAUCAAAAGAAAACGAUGGGUUUCUGAAGUUGGAAAAAAUGAAAGUACCCGAUUUACAUGAAUUUCUGGGUUCUUUGGCUCUAGACAAGUCCGAAGACUGCAAGAUACAGUGCCAGAAUAAUUGUUCUUGCCAGGCUUAUUCAUAUGUUGAUAACAUAGGGUGUUUGGUCUGGUCCAAACACCUUAUUGAUAUGCAGCAGUUUCCAUUUAAUGGACAAGAUCUUUAUGUCCGCCUAGCACACUCAGAACUAGGUGAAGGAAAGCCGAUCAAGUUAAUUGUCAGCCUUACAACUAUUGGAUUUAUGAGUAUCUUGGUUGCCGUGGUCUUCAGAUUGCUCAGGUGGCGUGCUAACAAAAAACGACGAGUUGAAUUAAAAGCUCGGCGCUUGGAAUCAACUAGUAUGGUUAAGAAUCAUAGAGACGGUCUUCGAGAAUAUAUAGGAAAACAUGAUCCCUCGGAGCUAAAGAUAUAUGAUUUUGAUAGCAUACUAAUUGCCACAGACAACUUCAGCAUCACAAACAAACUCGGGCAAGGAGGCUUUGGCCCAGUUUAUAAGGGGAUGCUUCCAGAAGGGAAGGAAAUAGCAGUAAAAAGACUAUCUAGUAGCUCAGGACAAGGUGUCGAAGAGUUCAAGAAUGAGAUGUUGUUGAUCUCCAAUCUUCAACACAAAAACCUUGUUAGGAUGAUGGGGUGCUGUGUUAAAGAGGAUGAGAAGUUACUGAUUUACGAGUUCAUGCCUAAUAAAAGCCUGGAUACUUUUCUAUUCGAUUUGAAGAAGAGAGCAGUGCUUGAUUGGAGCACGCGCUUUAAUGUUAUUCAGGGUAUUGCUAGAGGGCUUCUUUAUCUCCAUCAUGAUUCCUAUGUAAAGGUAAUACAUAGAGAUUUAAAAGUCAGUAACAUUCUCUUGGAUGAGAAAAUGAAUCCAAAAAUCUCAGAUUUUGGAUUGGCACGCAUAGUUGAAGAAACUCAGAGUCUAGAAAAUACUCAGAAGGUUGUUGGAACCCGUGGCUAUAUGUCUCCAGAGUAUGCCAUGGGUGGAAUAUUUUCCGAAAAGUCUGAUGUCUACAGCUUCGGGGUCCUGGUAUUAGAGAUUAUUAGUGGCAAGAAGAAUACCAGCUUCUAUUUAUAUGACCAACAGCUAGGCUUCCUUGCCUAUGCAUGGAAUUUGUGGAAUGAAGGCAGGCCAUUGGAGUUGGUAGAUGAAGUACUGGGUGAUUUAUAUGCUUCAUCAGAAGUAAUGACAUGCGUGCAUGUUGGGCUUCUUUGUGUACAGGACAAUGCUGAGGAUAGACCAACCAUGGUGGAUGUAGCUCUAAUGCUAAGCAGCGAGAGAGAUGGUCCAGAACCUAAGCUGCCUGUAUUCACUAUCAAAAAUUCAGCUUAUCAUCCUCAACCACACUCUGAGAAUACUAUUUCCUCUAAAAAUGAAGCUAGCAUUACAACGAUGGAAGGACGUUAAGCGACAGCGAAUUUGGCACAUCACAAGGCAAUGCCCUUUCCGCUAUUUCCUCUAAUAAUGGGGUACUAAUUAUCCUGGGGUAGGUAAUGAAGGUUUUUUUGUUAAGAAGAUGCACCUUCAUUGAUGCUUUUACACUUUGUAUUCG